AUGCUUCUCAAGGGGUUAUGGGUUUCAGCUCUAUUUUUAAUUACAGAUUUUGCAAAUACUGGGAUAAAGGGCAACUCAUAUGUUGAUUCAUUCUCAUCCUCAUUAGGAAUAUCUGCUGGUUACCGAACAGCAAACCGAGAGCUCCUGAAUCUUUACAAAGAUCAUGAUAUUGUUUAUGAUGAAGCUAUACAGGGAAGUAGUGCUUUCAAACUUGCAGGUCUCGAAGAUUUCUCUAUCACAGACUAUGUCGAGGGUGACGGGAACUGCCAAUUUCGAGCAGUAUCUUUGAUAGCGUACGGACAUCAAAAUUACCACAAAUGGCUUAGAGGGGAGGCUGUUGCCCACUUAAGGGAACACCCAGAUUGGUACAGGCCAUCUGUUGCAGGAGACUGGCAGGAAUACUUGCAGGAAAUGGCCCAAGAUGGGACGUACGGGGACGAUCACACCUUGACCGCCAUGGCUUUUGAUCUUCUACGCAAGUUUGUAGUGCUUAAGGAGACCAAUGGUGAUGUUGAUAUCUUUGAGAAGUCGUGGGAUAAUAUUUCCAGCGGGACAGCUUUUCUCUCCCUAAGAAAUCAGCAUUAUGAGGUCAUUUUCAGAGAUUGGUAG